AUGGAGACCGAACAUCCCGUGCGCCUUGAACGGCGUAAAAUAUUGUUGCAGUUAGAACGCACCAUUGAACAACUCCAAGUUCAACAAAUCGAUCUCUCUGAAUUGCGCCAGUUCAGCAUUGCUGUCCAACCGAUGACACUUACUGGAAACUCGGAUUCACGGCCGUCCUUUUUCACCCGGUCUCGGUUACUUGAUGAACCCGACGAUGAGCUACUUGAGAAGGAGUACCCGACUUAUCCCCAUGAGGCCGAUCCAUCGUACGAAGAGCUCGAACCUUUCCUGAUCCCCUACUAUCGCGCGAUGGGCUUCUGCGACUACCUGACAUCUUGGAUGUUGGACGAAACGUGUGGCAGAAUGCCAGGUCCAUGGUCUUCAAAAUGUGUUGGCGAUUAUACCACUUACAAGAGUCUCUUUCAGUACCACGAACCUGCGUUUGGAGCGCUGUAUAUGACCGACCUUAGCGGCCCGGAUCACCCCCACACAAAGGCAAUCGUAUACAACAACGUGAAUACGACUGAUCAGGCAAUCCUGCGAGGGGAAUUGCUGUUAAUCCUACGCUUGAUGAUUGGACAACUCAGAAAACGCCGUUUCAUCAGACAUAUGGUUGCACCGGUUCUUCUUUUCUCCAUCGUCGGACCGCAACAUGCGCGCAUAAUCGAAGCCACUUUCGACGGUUCCAAUCUUAAUUUACGCUCGACCAAGAUCUUUGAUCUUCGCUACAAGAAUGUUCAGGGCUUGAAAGAUUUCGCAGAGUAUUAUCUGGGACCCCCGAUCGGCGAUACGGUCAAGACAUGA